CGCGUGUGAUACCCCUGCCCUACCAGUCAGUGCAUUUUGUGUGAGUGAAUGGGCCGCAGAACAUGGUUGAAUGAAUCAGGCGCAUCAUGGCAUAGUGCUGGGCGCUGCGGGGCGCGAUGCGCGGCCCAUCGAGAUGGCGAUGCCCGGGAUGCCGCACAGGCGCAUGGCGCCCAAGCCGCCGGAUGUCCUCCGCUUGGGCGGUGAACCCACUGCGCCGCUGCAUACCGGGGAGGUCGUCCCACGCUUGGACCGAUGCCGGAUGGCGCAGGGCGUGUGUCGCCCACACCACCGGCUGGAGCCUGGGGGAGCAUCGUCGUUGCAAAAUGUGCCAACAGAUUUUCCUCCUUGCUGUCGGGCUCCAGGGGAACCUCCCAGUGAAAAACUGCAGUUACUCCUGCACCCCAGGCAGCAGGUCCGCGUCACCCAUCGUGCACACCUGCCAAUUCCAAUGCCAACAGAGCGCCAGGCGCGCCGCCUCCGUGGAGCCCCGGCAUCAGCAGUCCAGGAGUUUUUGUUGCGUCCGGAAGGAGCAGAACUCUUGCGGCCAAUCAGUGAUGAGUGGCCUCCGUCGCCGGCUUUGAAGGAGGGGCGUCACUGUCUCCGAUGCCGACGCCUGAGGUGCGGCCAGGAGCGCUUUUCCCUUUUCGCUCCCGAUCUGUGAGAAGGCUUCCACAAGAGUCCAUGGACUUUAAUGGAGUAUUCCCAGUGCUUUGAGCCAGAGGCGGCCAGAGUGAGCGCUUUGCCCAAAGGGCCUUGAAUUUGCAGCGAUGGGAACACAUACAUAUCUUACUAUAUCUUACUGGGAUGCC